AUGGCUUCGGAGGUGUCCUCGAUAUUGCCAUCAUAUCUGACACCUGCAAUACCCUACCAUACAUUCAAUCGCAUGCAAGUCGCAUGUAUUGAGGCAUGGGACAGCGAUUGCAACAUGCUCGUCUCAGCGCCUACUGGUUCUGGUAAAACUCUUUGCUUUGAACUUGCCCUUCUUCGCUACUUGCAUCUUGCUCUCACUUCAUCGGAGAAAAAGUACCUACCUGCCAGUGGUUUACCCAGGAAGGUGGUGUUUAUUGCUCCCACUAAAGCCAUUUGCAUGGAAAAGGGACAUGACUGGAAACGGCGAUAUGCGUUUCUCGGCUUACGGGUUGAAAUCAUGACAGGAGAUGUGUAUGCGGCAGGUUCCAAUUCAAUCUUGCUGAAUGCUGACCUGAUCCUGACGACUGCUGAAAAGUGGGAUAGCCUCACGAGGAAUACUUGUUCCCAAGCAGUACCCGGCGUUUUGUCCAAUAUUGCUUUGCUCUUCGUCGAUGAAGUCCACCAUAUAGGGAACUCACGAGGUGGUACACUUGAAUCUGUCAUAACUCGCAUGUUUGUCACCAGCGACCAACUCAAGCAGAACAUAUCAUCUGCUCAAGUUCAGUCUCUGCGUGUCAUUGCAUUGUCUGCCACCGUCAAAAAUGUCGGGGAGGUCGGACGCUGGCUACGAGUUGACCCGGAACAUAUUUUGCAGUUCGAUCAAAGCUACAGGCCUAUUCAACUCGAAUACGCAGUUCUGUCUUACCCGAUCAGGAACCGGUGGCAAUCAUCUAAAGUGUACGAUAGUCGAAUCUUGGGAGUUUGGCAGAAAUUCAGUAGUGGAAAACCUGCUCUAAUCUUCUGUACGAGUAGGCGGCAAACCAGCUCGUCAGCUGCGGCAAUGGUCGAAAAUCUCAAUCGUGUCAGCCCUGGUAGCGGUAGUGACGGAAACGCACUUACAAAGCACCUGUCCUUUGAAGAGCGAAAUCAAUUACGCACCGAAGCUCAAAGAUGCAGUGACAAAUCAUUACGCGCUCUGUUGAUGAAUGGAGUUGGGUGUCACAACGCUGAAAUGAGCCCUCAAAAUAGGCAACUUGUAGAACGACUGUUCCGCGAGUGCUUGUUGCUAUGUUUAUUCUCGACAAGUACGCUUGCCCAAGGAGUCAAUCUUCCCGCCAGGCUUGUCGUUGUCGCCGGCACCAGCGUUUACUACGAUGGCUCGCUACAAGAAUGCGACAAGAACAUGCUCUUGCAGAUGUGCGGUCGGGCAGGACGGCCUGGUCUCGAUACGAAGGGGGUAGCUGUUAUCAUGACGUCGAAUACAAACGCACGCCGAUACCAAAACAUGGAGAAAGCGCUUCCAACAAGGCUGCAAAGUCAGCUCAAGGCGACCUUGGAAGAGUCUAUGAACGCUGAAAUUGCUCGACAAUUCAUAACAGAUAUACCGCAAGCAAUGCUCUUCUUGAAAAGCACCUUCUAUUGGGUUCAGGAGAAGGAGAAACAUAGAAUUGAACUUCUAGAUGACGAAGGCAAACUGAACGCUUUGCUGACGACAACAGCAGUGGAAGCGAUGAAGAAAUUGGCCAGAUUAGGCCUGGUUCGCUUUGAUGACGAUCUUUUCGGAGUGAACAGUACGAAUGCGGGCGUUACCAUGGCGAAAUACUGUCUCUCCUGUGAGACGCUAGGUCUGCUGAUGACUGAAAUACCCAAGGUUUCCAGCCCAGCAGGUGCUUUGAGGGUACUUGCGGCGGCGCCAGAAGUCUUGGAAGGGGUAUGUGUUCGGAGGGCUGAAAAGAAAAGCCUCAAUGAACUAAAUGAAUUCAUUCGUGUGCCAGUCCAUGGAAAAGUGAAAGAACCAUUGGAUAAGGCUAUUGUCCUUAUCCAGGUUAUCUUAAAUGCCACUAUCACAACAUCAUGCAUCGACUUUUCCUUACAAAGUGAAGCCCUUCGAUUGGCAAAGUCUGUCUCACGGAUUUGUAGCUGCCUUCUCUCGUUGGUUUUAGGACUGUCAUUGAAAGGGCCUUACGAAGCCAUUUUCUCAACUCUGCAGGUCUGCCGUGGCUUAGUCAGCCGCUGUUACUGGGACGGUCCCACUGUCCUUAGGCAGAUACGUGGAUUGACUUCUGCGAGAAUUAAGGCGCUAUCGAGACAUGGCAUAUCUUCAAUAGAAGCGCUCCGUAUGGCUGAUUUUAGUCUCAUCUAUGAGAUUAUAGGCGCGAAGAGUCCAUUUGCAAAAGUCCUCCGUGAAAGAAUGAAUGAGAUUCCGAGGUUUUAUGUGAAAGCAAACGCUACAAGAAACACUCACGACGGUCAGAUUACACACAUUCAGGUUCACGUCACAUAUUCGGGACAGCUUGGGCAUCUGAAAGUCCGGCGUCGACCUGAAGAAGGCGGAUUUAUACUUCUUGGAUCACACUCACGUGGCUUCCUAGAUAUAAAAGCCUUUCAGCUGGACGGAAACGAUAAAGAGAUCACUUUUCAAGUGCCCCGCGAUAGUCGCCCAAGCCGAGAAAAGUGGAUCGAUGUCAUUGUUGGGACAGUGAACAUUAUCGGGAUUGACGAAACGGUUCGUUUUCUGUGCGAUAGACAAGACCAAGACUGUCGGUCGCCUGCGAGAACUGCUCUUGCUAAUAACGACAAACUGAAGCCCAAAGCUCACCACAAGCCUCCCGAGCACGUUGCAAAUCUCUCCGUGACAGAUGGUCGCGUAUCAAAACGAUUUGUCCAGACAACUGUGAGUCAGGCUCUUAGCCGUAUUAGCAACCGAAAAACGAUAGCAAGGGUCCCCGAAGUACGGGCAUAUGUGGUAGCGGAGGAAGAGAAACAUACCAAAGCGCCAGCAAAUGUGAUCAUGAAAGCAGAAGAGAAGGCAGAGACAAGCCCUGAUAUCAGUCCAGGCCCAUCAUCACCUUCACCUCAUGAGGCAAAUGCUAUGCAAUCAGAAAUUCCGACACUCGAUGAUGCUAACUGUACACAAGCCGCAACCCGGAGCCAAAAGAAAACGCAGAGACAUGGACGGUCUCAAGCUCUAUUCUCGUCCAAGAAAGCAAGACCAUGUUUAACCCGUACCGAGGUACCUGACGCCCCCGUCCCUGAGGCUACUCAUUCCUCACCUGACCCAUGUCAAGUGCGCAAGAGCUUUCAUAAAGAGCAGCAUUGCCGGGAAUAUGAUGACAUGUUAAGAUCCUUGUUCUGACGCACCGCUGCUUUGUCGUGAAGUCAUUCAGCACAAAUAAAUCUCGAGAU